AUGGUGCGGCUGGUGGAUGACCUCGAGGAGGGGACCUCCACAUCGGCUGCCUCAGCGCCGCUGCACCCGGCGCUCUAUCUCGCUCCCCAGACCACUGUGCCUACGCUCACCUCUACCGACUCUGACGGUGGAGAGUCUAACAUCCUCCAUUUGCGUGGUCUCGCCUUCCUUGCUCGCCGGCUGGACCUCCUCAUCGACGGCGUCGCCAAGCGCCUGAAGGUCACUCUCAUCUCCGGCGAACCGCUUCGGUUCACGGAGGCGGAGUCGCCAGCUACGGUCACCAUGUGGGACUGUGUCGUUCAUCCCAUCAACAGGCCCUGUCACACAAUCGACGAGGGCCAGGAGUUGGUACUGCCUUUUGCCGCCUACUGGCUGCACGAGUAG